CUCGUGUGAACAAUGCCGCUAGAGUGAUAACCGCGCAAUCUGCGCUAGAUAACACGGAGAGUGCGCAUGCGACACCUCGCCACUCCACAGAGGUUUGUGGGUCGUUGCGGUCCUCUCCGACCUUUGUUAUUGAACCAUGGCGAGCGUGGAUUAUUCGCAAGUGCCGAUCAAGGAAAAGGCUUUUUACAAACCGGAACUUAGCGAAGUGGUCGAUGUGUUGUCCCGAGGCCUGAAGGCGAAUUUCGAGUCGGUGAGCGUGGCGGCGGUGGACUGCCCCGACCUCACGCAGGAGCCCUUCAACCUCACCACUCCAGGCCUGAGCGGUAAUGCCAAGCUGAUAGAGUUAGGCGGACCGCCGUACCUGGUGCCUCUGGUGCAGCGAGACAAGAUUUACGACCUGGCUGCGCUCGCGAGGCACCUGCAGCGCGACCCUGCCAGCCUGCUGGGCGCCGGCGCCGGGCCCUGGCCGCACAUCGGCGUCAACUGCGAGGGCAUCAUCGACCUGACGGUCCGCAACGGCAGCGUGACCCAGGGCACGCACAUCGUGUCUGUGGAGCCCGUGGGUGCCAAGAAGGGUGCCAGCGGGUACCUGCAGCGGCGGCUGCCGGCCUCGGAGACGAGGACUGCGCUGCUCGGGAACUACUUGCUCAGCGACGGCAGCCCAGGGAAGGUCAUAAAGGUGGUCGCCAAGAAGCGCAUCGGCUCGGCCAACUUCAUCACCGCCAUCCGGGAGACUCUCAAAAACCACUACGGCGACAAAGUUGUUGGUCUGGGCGGCGCGUUCCUGCUGCGGACGGGCACGGUGAAGCACCACGUGAUGCCGGACUUCUCCAGCUCGGCGCUGUGCAGCGACGCGGACGUGGACGGCUGGCUGCACUACUUCGACAUGCGCGCGCCCAUCGUGCACCUCGGCACGCUGGUCACCGGCGACCUCGAGCUGGACCUGCGCGUGCAGCACUUCCACGGGCGCAGCGCGCACGGCGACGGCGGCCACUACCACUACGACACCUCCCCCCUCGCCGCGCACUACGAGGGGUACUUCACCCUCGCCGACAGCGUCUACAGGAUAGACCCGCCCCCCGUCACUCACACCCUCGGCAGGGACUAAGCUAGACACAUUUUAUUUUCACGGGGUAAAAUGAUUUUAAACUCGUAUCUAUAUGGAUACUAGUUCGGAAUAAACUUCUUACUAUUUUAUUUAUAUGAAAUAAUUGUGUAAAUAUGUAUUUAAUUAAUAUGUUUCAUAGACUUUUGUUAAUUUAUUCCUUGCGGAUUGGAAUUGUAAUAGGUAACUUUCGUAAAGGAAUUUCCAUAUACGAGUGACUGGCAUAAAUGUUUCAUUCGGCAUGGGAUAUCGUACUUCUCGCUCAAAUAGGAUGGAAAGAAAAGACAAUAUUCUUCAUUAUAAUCGUUUAUUAAUAAUUUAUUUGCAUUAAAGAUAUGCGUAUGUAAAA